AUGAGGGCCGACCCGGGGCCGCCGCCGCCGGAGGGCCGCCCGCGUCCUCCACGAGCCCUCCCACCUGUGCCAAGUAAUAUUCAAGAUGAUGUUCCCCUUAGUCAUCCCAAGAAAAAGAAGCCGAGGACAAAAACAGGGCUAGCAAGUGCUUCUUUGGAAGGUCUUGUUCAUAGGUCACCUGAGAGCAGUGAGUCACCAACUAAAGAACUGACAGAGCAUCCAAAAGCUCCUGUUCAAAGAAGACAGAAAACAAGGGUACCUCUUGAAUUGGAGACUGCUUUCACUCAGAAGACAUCUAGUCCACCUUUAUUACGGAAUGAAAAUGGUAUCGAUGUGGAGCCAGCUGAGGAGCCCAUUAUUAAAAAACCUCGAAGGAAGACAAAGAAGGCCCGGCUAGCGGAACUGCAGUAUGCCAAUGAGCUUGGCGUGGAAGACGAAGACAUAAUUACUGAAGAGCAAAGGAGUCCAGAACAACAGUCCAUAUUCACUGCGCCCACCGGCAUUAGCCAGCCUGUAGACAAAGUGUUUGUGGAAAAAAGCCGGCGAUUCCAGGCCACCAACCGCUCAGAGCUGAUAAAGACCACAGAGAACAUAGACGUGUCGAUGGACACAAAGCCCUCCUGGACGACCAGGGACGUGGCCCUUUCAGUGCACCGGACUUUUAGGAUGGUGGGCCUGUUUUCUCAUGGCUUCUUGGCUGGCUGUGCUGUGUGGAAUAUUAUUGUGAUAUAUGUUCUAGCAGGAGAUCAGCUUUCUAACCUCUCGAACCUUCUGCAACAAUACAAGACGUUAGCAUAUCCAUUCCAGAGUCUUCUCUACUUGCUUUUGGCUCUCAGUACAGUUUCAGCUUUUGACAGGAUUGACUUUGCCAAAAUAUCAGUAGCAAUCCGAAAUUUUCUUGCCCUGGAUCCAACAGCUUUUGCAUCUUUCUUGUACGUUGCUGCUCUUACCCUCUCUCUGAGCCAGCAAAUGACAAGUGACAGGAUCCACCUUUACACACCUUCUUCUGUUAACGGCAGCCUCUGGGCAGCAGGAAAUGAGAAACAGGUUCUCCAACCAUGGAUCCUGGUGAAUCUGGUGUUGGCCAUUCUGGUUGGACUGUCUUGGCUUUUCCUGUCGUAUAGGCCAGGCAUGGAUCUUAGUGAAGAGUUGAUGUUCUCCUCUGAGGUGGAAGAAUAUCCUGAUAAAGGAAUCAAUGCCUCUUCCUAA